AUGGAGCCACAGCCCUCCCACAUUAAAAAGGAAGAGGAACACCCACUGAUCCCCCAUUUUAAAGAGGAAGAGGAUGACCCACUGAACACUUACAUCAAAGAGGAAGAGGAGGACCAACUGAUCCACCAUUUUAAAGAGGAAGGGGAAGAUCCACUGACCCUUCACAUUAAAGAGGAAGAGGAGGAACACAGCAUCAGUCAGCAGGGAGAGCAUCUUGAAGGACUGGAGGAGGUUGAUGUCACCAAGAUGCCAGUGACUGGUGUCCCUGUGAAGAGUGAAGGUGAUGAGGUCAAAGGUGAGAGUGAGGAGAAGAGAGAGGCGGAGCCUCCAAGCAGCAGCUCAACUCAACACAUGACAACAGAAGCUGAUGGAGACCACUGUGGAGGAUCACAAGCAGACAAGCUCUUAGCUCCACUAUCAGAUAGUGAGGACACAACGUCACACUCUCCUGACACUGAUGAUGAAGACUCUAAAGAUGAUAAGACAUGUCACACUGACAACACACACUUCACAUGUUCUCACUGUGACAAAACUUUUAAAACUCCUAGUAAAUUGAAAAGUCACAUGAGAACACACACUGGAGAAAAACCUUUUUCAUGUUCAAUCUGCAGUAAAGAUUUUACUUAUAAGCACGAAUUGAAAAUACACAUGAAAACACACACUGGAGAAAAACCUUUUUCAUGUUCACUCUGCGAUAAAGGUUUUAAUCAAAGGGAUCCUUUGAAAAUACACAUGAGAACACACACUGGAGAAAAACCUUUUUCAUGUUCAAUCUGCGGUAAAGAUUUUAAUCAUAAGGAUCCUUUGAAAAUACACAUGAGAACACACACUGGAGAAAAACCUUUUUCCUGCUCAGAAUGUGGUAAAAGUUUUGGAACAAAUUAUAAUUUAAAAGUACACAUGAGAACACACACUGGAGAAAAACCUUUUUCAUGUUCAAUCUGCGGUAAAGAUUUUACUCAAAAGCAGCAUUUCAAAGCACACAUGAGAAUACACACUGGAGAAAAACCUUUUUCAUGUUUAAUCUGCGGUAAAGAUUUUACUCUUAGGCAACAUUUGAAAAUGCACAUGAGAUUACACCCUGGAGGAAAACCUUUUUCCUGGUUCAAACACUGAUGACAUUUAUUAAUCAGACAAGAAGCAAGGAA